UCUCUGAGGAAGAGGGCGUAGGCUCGGUCAGCCGGUAGAGGAGGAAGGUGUCUCGACUGCCGACUCCGAGCUGCCCGCGCACAACUCGCGAGGUCCUGACAGCAACACGAGCGAUGCUAGACAAGGGUCGCGAGGAAACCGAAUAAAUAGAAACACACCUCGGUCGAGUAUCGUCUUGUUUCAAGCAGCGUGUGAACGGAAAGAAGAGAGCAUGUCGGUGCUGGCUCUGCAAGAGUACGAAUUCGAGAGACAGUUCAACGAGGACGAAGCCAUCCGAUGGAUGCAGGAGAACUGGAAGAAGUCCUUUCUCUUCGCUGCACUCUACGCUGCCUUUAUCCUCGGAGGCCGCCAUGUCAUGAAACAAAGGGAGAAGUUUGAGCUGAGGAAACCGCUGGUGCUAUGGUCGCUCACACUUGCUGUAUUCAGUAUAUUUGGUGCCAUCCGUACUGGGAGUUACAUGACGUACAUCCUGAUGACAAAAGGGCUUAAACAGUCAGUUUGUGACCAGAGCUUUUACAACGGGCCUGUCAGCAAGUUCUGGGCAUAUGCCUUUGUACUUAGUAAAGCACCAGAACUGGGUGACACUCUCUUCAUCGUCCUGAGGAAACAGAAGCUCAUCUUCCUCCACUGGUACCACCACAUCACCGUGCUGCUCUACUCCUGGUACUCCUACAAAGACAUGGUGGCCGGCGGCGGAUGGUUCAUGACCAUGAACUACUUGGUCCACGCCGUCAUGUACUCUUACUACGCCUUGCGAGCGGCCGGCUUCAAGGUGUCGCGCAAGUUCGCCAUGUUCAUCACACUGACCCAGAUCACCCAGAUGCUGAUGGGCUGUGUGGUCAACUACUUGGUGUACUCGUGGAUGCAGCAGGGCCAGGAGUGUCCAUCCCACAUGCAGAACAUUGUGUGGUCCUCCCUCAUGUACCUCAGCUACUUUGUGCUCUUUGUUCAGUUCUUCAUCGAGGCCUACUUCGGCAAGUCCAAAUCAUCGGCCGCGGCUGUCACCAAGAAGAGCGAGUAAACGCACGCCACGAGUAUGAGAAGAAGGGAGAUAAUUGGUUGGAAAUGGAGAGCAGGGACCAGUGACUUAAGAGAAUUCGUUAGGGUUUGGUAAGGGUUGUUGGAAUGAAAGAUAGAUGAUGAGGAUGAGGAUGAAGAGGUGAGUGGGGGGUGGGGUGGGGUGGGAUGGGGUCGAGAGAGAUGGCUGCUGUUUGUGCUUGAGCAUUACAAUUAAUGUGCAGAUCUAAAAGGCCUCAGUGGAGGUCUCUGCUGAGGAAGCAGCGCCGCCACGAUCAGAAGCCAUCACGAGUUGUCUGCCUGAAGUUUAAAAAGCCCCUUUUAAAAUCUAGAAUAUAACAACAAGGACGAAAUCACCACAUUAAAACAAAUGCAUCUGCCACAAGCAUAUGUUUACCUGAUUAAAAAAAAGAUUAAGAUUUUAAAAAAAGAAGAAAUUAACCGUACAUAUGAAGAUGGAUGGAGUCGGCGGCACCUUAAGCCAUCGGAGUAUGUGUUUGUCCGUCUGUCGUCUGUGUUUGUCGUUUUGUUUCGAUCUGUCAAAGAAAAAAACUUUGAGACACUGGUGUGUGUGUCUGUGUCUGUGUGCGUGUGUGUGUGUGUGUGUGUGCGUGAAGCGGCAGAGCGUUGGCGGGGUUGAUGCGGACUGACGGGGUGAACGGCACUGUAUCUUCUGUGUCUUAACAUUGCAAAAUGUGAUAUUUUCUCAGGUCUUAUAGGUUAUCUUUUUUCUUAAUAUAAUAUGCAUAUCAAGACAACGUAGACAUGUUUAACAUCAGCACCGGUUUACAGUAUGGCUACAAUUCAUCCAGUUGAAAAACAAAACAAAACAAAACAAAACAAAAAAAGAAAAGUAUGAAUGAAGCUGAUUGGACUGACUGACUCGGAUGAUCACACUGCUCCUGGGCAUGAUGGGAAACAGAUGCUGACAGUGCCCUGCUUCACCACUUGUCAUGAACUUGCAGAAGUUGCCGACCACACUUGGAAAAUGACUUGCCAUUGAUUUCCAAACGCUUCUCUGUGUCGAAGGGUCCCUACCAGUGAAGAAGACGUGUAUGUUGGACACUGAAGGCUUUAAAUGGAGGACAAACAUAUUUAUGUUUAGCAAAAAGAAAAAAAAAAAGAAAAAAUCAAAACAUGCAAAUUGUUCAAAUCUGCUGUGUUGACUUUAAAAAAUAGUAUGUAUCCUUAAUGGUGUCUGUUGUGCUAUUGUGCAUUUGCACUGUAUCAAUGUCAAAAACAAUUGUUGCUGAAAAACGUAACGUAUGAACAAAGAGUGCAAAAAUGUGA